AACCAAGUGCUGAAAUGGACCAGUUGCUCAACCUCUCUGGCCUUCAGCUUCCUCAUCUGUGGAGCAGGAAUCAAACCUCGAACUUCCUCCCGCUGUUAGAAUUUCAAGGGAGUUUUAAAGACAGAGCUUUCAACUCUGACCUGUGAACAAGUGUGACAUCAAAUGUACUGUUCGUUGUUAUUAGUCUGUUGCUACAAGGCAGAUGGUUAGUUUCCCGGCUCCCCUGCAGUCCCCCCAGCCCCUCCUAGAUCUGUCUGCCAGCCCCGCCCCGGGGUCACUCCAGCCAGGCUGUGCCAGGUGAAUGCUCAGGUAUGCGGAGGCGGAGGCAGGACGGCCCUGGGAGGGAGCAGGAGGAGGGGCCGGCAGCCUGGAAGGGAAAGGACAGCGGAGAGCAGGGCAGAGCCUGAGCAGGCAGGACACCUCCAGGUGGGCAGGAGCUCCCACUCAGCACCAUGAGCACUGCCACAGGCCCAGAAGCUGCCCCGAAGCCAAGCGCCAAGUCUAUCUAUGAGCAGAGGAAGCGUUACUCCACAGUUGUUAUGGCUGAUGUAUCCCAGUACCCAGUCAAUCACCUGGUGACGUUCUGCCUGGGUGAGGACGAUGGCGUGCACACCGUGGAGGAUGCCUCCAGGAAGCUGGCCGUCAUGGAUAGCCAGGGCCGAGUCUGGGCACAGGAGAUGCUGCUGCGAGUGUCUCCCGACCAUGUCACGCUGCUCGACCCGGCCUCCAAGGAGGAGCUGGAGUCGUACCCACUGGGCGCCAUCGUGCGCUGUGACGCCGUGAUGCCACCCGGCAGGAGCCGCUCGUUGCUGCUGCUCGUGUGCCAGGAACCCGAGCGCGCGCAGCCAGACGUGCACUUCUUCCAGGGCCUGCGCCUCGGGGCGGAGCUGAUCCGAGAGGACAUCCAGGGGGCUCUGCACAAUUACCGCUCGGGCCGCGGGGAGCGCAGGGCGGCGGCGCUCAGGGCCACGCAGGAGGAGUUGCAGCGCGACCGCUCGCCCGCCGCUGAGACCCCGCCCCUGCAGCGCCGUCCGUCAGUCCGCGCAGUGAUCAGCACCGUAGAGCGGGGCGCGGGCCGCGGACGACCCCAGGCGAAGCCCAUUCCCGAGGCAGAGGAGGCGCAGAGGCCUGAGCCGGUGGGGACCUCGAGCAACGCUGACUGGGCCUCCCCAGACCUGGGUCCCCGGGGUCCUGACCUGGCGGUUCUGCAGGCGGAGCGGGAAGUGGACAUCCUGAACCACGUGUUCGACGACGUAGAGAGCUUUGUAUCGAGGCUGCAGAAGUCGGCGGAGGCGGCCAGGGUGCUAGAGCACCGGGAACGCGGCCGCAGGACACGGCGCCGGGCGGCUGGGGAGGGCCUGCUGACGCUGCGGGCCAAGCCGCCUUCGGAGGCCGAGUACACCGACGUGCUGCAGAAGAUCAAGUACGCCUUCAGCCUGCUGGCCCGGCUGCGCGGCAACAUCGCCGACCCCUCCUCUCCGGAGCUGUUGCACUUCCUUCUCGGGCCUCUGCAGAUGAUUGUGAACACGUCGGGGGGGCCGGAGUUCGCGAGCAGCGUGCGGCGGCCGCACCUGACAUCGGAUGCCGUGGCGCUGCUGCGGGACAACGUCACUCCAUGUGAAAACGAGCUCUGGACCUCGCUGGGGGACUCGUGGACCCGCCCCGGGCUGGAGCUGCCUCCGGACGAGGGACCCCCAUACAGACCCGAGUUCUUCAGCGGCUGGGAGCCGCCGGUCACUGACCCGCAGGGCCGCGCCUGGGAGGACCCAGUUGAGAAACAGCUACAGCACGAGCGGAGGCGCCGGCAGGUGACCCAAGCGACACAGCAGGGCCUAGGCUGGGAAGUCCGGGGGCGCGGCCGGUACGCCUGGCCCCGCCUGACCCGACUCUCUUACUUCCUACAGCAAAGCGCCCCCCAGGUCGCUGUCAAUGGUCACCAAGACUUGGAGCCAGAAUCUGAGUCUCAGCUGGAGUCAGAGACAGCAGGAAAAUGGGUCCUGUGUAACUAUGACUUCCAGGCCCGCAACAGCAGUGAGCUGUCGGUCAAGCAGCGGGACGUACUGGAGGUCCUGGAUGACAGGCGGAAGUGGUGGAAGGUUCGGGACCCAGCGGGGCAGGAGGGAUAUGUGCCCUACAACAUCCUGACACCCCACCCCGGACCCCGGCUGCACCACAGCCAAAGCCCUGCCCGCAGCCUGAACAGCACUCCUCCUCCACCACCAGCCCCAGCCCCGGCCCCACCUCCAGCUCUGGCUCGGCCCCGCUGGGACAGCUGCGAUAGCCUCAACGGCUUGGACCCCAGCGAGAAGGAGAAAUUCUCCCAGAUGCUCAUCGUCAACGAGGAACUGCAGGCGCUCCUGGCCCAGGGCCGCUCGGGCCCGAGCCGCGCAGUCCCAGGGCCCCGCGCCCCGGAACCGCAGCUCAGCCCGCGCUCGGACGCCUCCGAGGUCCGCGCCUGGCUGCAGGCCAAGGGCUUUAGCUCCGGGACCGUGGACGCGCUGGGUGUGCUGACUGGGGCGCAGCUUUUCUCGCUGCAGAAGGAGGAGCUGCGGGCGGUGAGCCCCGAGGAGGGGGCACGUGUGUACAGCCAGGUCACCGUGCAGCGCGCGCUGCUGGAGGACAAAGAGAAAGUGUCAGAGCUGGAAGCAGUGAUGGAGAAGCAAAAGAAGAAGGUGGAAGGCGAGAUGGAAAUGGAGGUCAUUUGACCUGCCCGGCGCCCUUCGCAAAGAGUGACGAGGCCCCGUGGGAGAACGGACUCUUCAGACUCUCCCCAGUAGCGGAAGUCGAUCUUCUGAAGGAUGGCCAAUCUGCUCCGGCCCUGGUCUUCCCCCAUCCCGGUGGACAGACUUAACAGUCCUUGCUGCAGUCCCUCCGGAGCGGAUCUGGACUGGCUGUGAGUGGGGAAGGCUUGGAGACAGUCUACGGAAAGCGCUAGCAGACCCCCGAGAGGGUGCAGUGGAGCCCUGAGCAUUGUAAUAUGCCGCCCAGCCUAUAAACAGCCUCCUUGCUUAGCA